AUGCCCGGCCAGAAACAUUGGCUGGAAGCACUAACGUUGGAAAAGUUGCAUCGACUGGCAGUGACCAUAGGCUCCCCAUGUUCAGGGACGAAAGCGAUACGCGUCGAUGGUAUCCGGAAUGCAGUCAAGAACAGGCAGCGCUAUAAUGAAGGUCAACUUAGCUUGUUGAGCAUUGAUAUGGGGAUCAGAAAUCUUGCGUAUGCUCAUUUCAUUGCGACCAAGGCUCAAGCAGCCAAGCCAACGUUGCAAGCAUGGAAUCGAUUGUCGGUGUCUAAGCCAGCGGAGGGGUUCACAAAUGGGUCUCCUCCGUCUGACGGUGUGCAGCAAGGGGAUAUGCGAGCAGCGACGUCACCCCUCCUGGACAGCACCAUCAAAGAAUCGUUCGAGCCGGAUGAAUUCGCGAGACACUCCUACAUUUUGAUCAAGCACAUGUUGCAGACGUACAAGCCGGAUGUGGUAUUGAUAGAGAGGCAAAGGUUCCGGUCCGGUGGCCGAGCUGCGGUUCCUGAAUGGACCAUCCGCGUUGGCGUGUUCGAGGGUAUGCUCUAUGCCGUUCUACGGACCUUGGUUGAGCGUGACAAGCUCAAGCUGGACGUACAGCCAAUGCUACCUACCCGAGUCAACCGUUAUUGGCUCGAGGGGCCGGAUUCAACUGUAGGGCCCUCGAAGAAAAGAGCGACCGGGCGAGAAGUCAAGAGCGCGAAAAUCGAUAUUGUUGGCAGGAUUUUAGAGGAUCGAUCGCAAGCUUCGAAGGUAGAUGUGAGCACGGCUCUGAGACCUUUCGCUCAACAAUUCGUCUCGGUAUGGAAGAAAGAAGUACGAGGGAAGAAGGGUCAUGGCAACGAAAUCUCGAAACUAGAUGAUCUGGCAGACUGUUUUCUUCAGGGUCUGGCAUGGAUUCACUGGCAGAACAACAGGCAACGUCUAGACUCUUCAGGAGCAGAUGCUGUAGACCCGGAGUCAGGGUGGCUCAUGUGA